AUGACGACCGCUUCAGCAGGCGCCUUCGACCUCUCCCUACUGGACGACGAUAUCAGUUAUCGCAAGGGAAAUAUACAUGCCCCACAGCAAAUAGAAGAAGAGCGUGCAGCUUCAAUUGGGGGCUCCCAUGCUCAGACACUCUCGGGCUCCGAUGCUAGCACUUCGACAUCUACUUCGACCUCUACCAGCUUGUCAAUGUCUGGGUCCGAUGAUAGCUUUUCUACUUCCAAUUCAGCUGCAAGUUUCUCCUCGAAUUCUGCUGCUAGCGUUCCCGCCUCCGGCUCAGACGCUAGCCUCUCGAGCUCUGGUUCAGAGGCUAGUCUUCUGGCGUCUGGAUCCGAUGACAGCGUAAGCUCUAGCGCUUCGACUUCAGCUGCUAGUUCAACGGAUAUCUUGUCGGCUUCAGGAUCCGACGAUGCCAUGUCGACGUCCACUUCUGGUGAUGAACCCGUGACUUCAUCGACCGGUUCGACUGCUACCCCUUCAUCGGGAAGUGACGGCUUCCUUGCGCCGUUCUCGACUGAAGAACCGUCUAAAACACUCUUCCCUCGUAGUGCGCUCGGUGAGAUGGCUCCAAUCAUUAACGUCGCCGAAGGUCUGCUGGGUAAGCCGCUUCCAACGAACAAGUGGUGGGGUAACCUCAUCCACACAACCGCCGAGGAGAUGAACACGAAAGCCAAUCCUGGGUGGUCGAACCCGUACGCCGUCAAGUUGCCCAAGGAAGCCCCGUACGGCAUCCAGGCGUGUUACUCGUACAACUACCGUCAGUUGUCUGCUCUCACCGAUGGUGUUGCGGAGUUUUAUCUGCACGACUUUGUCAACGACCUCACAUUGUCUGCCACGGAAUUUGCCGGUGAAGCGAAACCUACAUACGAGGUUUACUCGUUCAGUGACUUUGGUAUCAAAGUUCGAGCCUGUCUCGAGAACAAGGAGCAAUGUUUGGACUCCGCUCUCGUGCACGGAAUGGCGUUCAUCACCGCGACCUACGACCGUCUGACUGCUCGUAUCGAGUCCGAAUACACCAUGGAGAUCGUGGACAAGUCCGUACCAGGCAAGUACAUCGUCGAACUUGGCGGUAACCAGACGUGGGUCGUGUACACUGGCAAGAAUGGCUCCUUUGCACUCGACGAGUCUAAGAAGGCUCUUGUAUCUAGUGGGUUAUUCAGUGGCACCGUUCGCGUUGCAAUUCUACCGUCGAGUGAUACUACAGAUGUGUACGACAAGUACCGGACAUGUCACGUUCGCGGCGGAAACGUGUCUGUGGAGUCUCGUACUGAAUACACGUUGAACUGGGAGACGGUGGGUAAAAGCUGCAAGACCCACGGUAUGCUUCACUUUGCACUGCCUCACCACCUUCCAGCAUUGAAAGGAGCCAUCACUGCCAAAAGUCCGAAAGCUAUCGUCCUCAACUCGGCUACUCGAGGCAAAAUGGUCGCCCAGGUGUCCACGACAGGAAAGUGGGUCCUUUCAGAGCCUGAAGACGACCUAGAAGUGGACUUCUACCCGACAACCAAGCCAUCUGCCAAGGUGGUGGCUAAGGUCGGUCUUCUGAAGACUCUACAGGCCGAUAUAGCUGAUCACUGGGCGCUCAACAAGACGAGCUGGUACUUCAACGGCAAGCAGUACCAGAAGUACGCGUCGCUGUGUCUUAUGGCUGCAGACCCAGCCGUUGUGGGAAAGAGCAAGAAGCUUCUCAAUGCAUGUCUGACGAAGCUGGAGAAGCUCCUUGUGCCGUUCUUGGACAACACGCUGGAUCCUCCUCUCAACUACGAGACGUCGUACGGCGGUCUGGUAAGCAGUCAGAGCUUCACCGUAAAGGACGUCAACGCUGACUUUGGUAACAGUGUGUAUAACGACCACCACUAUCACUACGGCUACUGGGUCACAGCUUCUGCUAUGCUCAAGAGUCUGCACCCCAAGUGGAAGCGCAUGAAAGAGCUCGACCGGAUGAUCUGGAUGAUGCUACGCGAUGUCGCCAACCCCAGUACGGACGACACUUUCUUCCCAAGAUUCCGUCACUUCUCCUUCUAUCUUGGCCACUCGUACUCGCACGGCGUGACGCCUAUGCUGGAUGGAAAGGAUGAAGAGAGUACGUCCGAAGAUGUCAAUUUCUACUAUGGUAUGAAGCUCUGGGGCCAGGUAUCCAACAACAAGGCCGUCGAGGAUCUGGGCAGCCUCAUGCUGCGUCUCAACGCCCGCGCUAUCCGCACCUACUUCCUCAUGACGUCGGACAACACUAUUCACCCCAAACAGUUCGUACCGAACCAUGUGACGGGCAUUUUCUUCGACAACAAGGCUGCUACGCUAUCCACGGCAUUCAAAUGA